AUGGAGCGAAAUUGGGCAAAUUUAGAAGCACUUCCUCUUAGUAUGAUUCUUGACAAAUUAGAAGAAAAAAUUGAUCAUCUUUGGUUUGGUGCUGUUUGCAAAAAUUGGCAAUUAAUUGCAAAGCUCAACCAUCAAAAUCAUCAAUUCAAGAUGAACAUAAUGCCCAUGAUAAUGGUACCCAAAAAAUCAUUAUAUCUAGAAGCAGAUGCUAGUUAUACGGAGAAGAAUGGGUUGUUUGGAAUUCCAAACAAAAGAAUGUACCCUUUUCAAUUUCAAUUAGGUCUUAUUAAACCUAAACUUCGUUUUAGUGGUUCUAGCCAUGGUUGGGUUGCAUUGGUAGAUGAUUCCAAGUCUAUCAUAACACUAAUGAAUCCUUUUAAAGAUAUACCUUACAUUAUUCUCCCACCACUCAAUAGGGUUUAUAAAGUAACUUUAUCUGACGAUCCUAUAAAAAGUCCAAAUAAUUAUACAGUUGCAGCCAUUUACGGCAACAAUUGUGAACUUGCAUUCAUUGGAAGUGGUCAAAAAAAUAGGACUUAUAUCGAGAUAUUGAAACCUUUUUUCGUUGAUGUAAUAUUUUAUAAUGGUCUAUUAUUUGCCCUAAGUAUCCACCGCAAAAUUGUAUCGGUUAAUAUUUGUGGUUCAAAUAAUCUUUCGCACAAAGAGAAGAUAACUCCAAAUGUUAUUUUACAAGAAAAGGUUGAGGAAGGUAUUUUUCAAGAUAAAUUUCUAGUGAAAGCAUUGAAUGGAGAAUUAUGGAUGGUGAGAAGGUGUACCUUGCGGAGGAAUAUAUAUCAUGUAUACAAAUUGAAACUAGAUGCAAAAAGUGAAAAGCUUGAAGAAAGGUGUAAAGUUAAGAGUUUGGGAGAUAAUGUUUUAUUUUUGGGAAAGGGUGAUUCGAUUUCAGUUUCAGCUACAUAUUUCUCAAAAUCGUUGCAAAGAGAUUCAAUUUACUUUGCUGAUUAUUUGAAGAUCUAUAAUACGAAGAAUGGAAAAUCUAGAAGUCAUGGUCAGUAUGGAAGAUACACUUUUUGGAUUUUGCCAUAUUUUCAAUGGGAUUAA